GGAAGGUUUCUUCAGACAUAAUUCCAAUAUUGCCCUUCACCUUUACCCCUUUUCUCUCAAUUCUGCUCUGCCAGGGUUUAAUCCGAUGGAGCCUCGCAUUGCCAACAAGUUCCGUCUUGGCCGCAAGCUCGGUAGCGGAUCAUUCGGGGAGAUCUAUCUCGGGACUAACGUUCAGACCAAUGAAGAGGUUGCAAUUAAGCUUGAAAGUAUCAAAACCAAGCAUCCUCAGCUGUUGUAUGAAUCAAAGCUGUACAAAAUACUUCAAGGAGGAACUGGGAUCCCAAAUUUGAAAUGGUUUGGUGUUGAGGGAGAAUACAACGUCCUUGUUAUAGAUUUGCUGGGUCCUAGCCUCGAGGAUUUAUUCAAUUUCUGUAGUCGGAAAUUGUCCCUGAAAACUGUUCUCAUGCUUGCUGAUCAGAUGAUAAAUCGGGUUGAAUUUAUUCAUUCCAAAUCAUUUUUACAUAGGGACAUCAAGCCAGACAACUUCCUCAUGGGUUUAGGGAGGCGUGCAAAUCAAGUGUAUGCCAUUGACUUUGGUCUUGCUAAGAAAUACAGAGACAGCUCUACCCAUCAGCAUAUUCCAUAUAGAGAGAAUAAGAAUUUGACUGGAACUGCAAGAUAUGCUAGCAUGAAUACUCAUCUUGGAAUUGAGCAAAGCCGUAGGGACGACUUAGAGUCACUUGGAUUUGUUCUUAUGUAUUUUUUGAGAGGAAGUCUUCCAUGGCAGGGAUUGAAAGCUGGUACUAAGAAGCAGAAGUAUGAUAAAAUUAGUGAGAAGAAAGUUUCUACUUCCAUUGAGUCUCUCUGCCGUGGCUAUCCUUCAGAAUUUGCUUCAUAUUUCCAUUACUGUCGGUCACUGCGAUUUGAUGAUAAACCAGAUUACGCUUAUUUGAAAAGGCUUUUCCGUGACCUUUUCAUUCGUGAAGGAUUCCAGUUUGAUUAUGUCUUUGAUUGGACCAUCUUGAAAUAUCAGCAAUCUCAAAUUGCCUCUCCUCCCGUUCGUCCUGUUGGUCUUCCUCCAGGGCCAAGUUCUGGCUUGCCACCAGCUGCUUUGAAUGCUGAUAGACACUCGGGUGGAGAAGAUGGUAGGCAUACUGGUUUGUCUUCAUCAGAUCCUACUCGUAGAAGGCACUCUGGACCUAUUGCAAAUGAUGGAAACUUAUCCAGACAAAAGGCCCCUGUUGCAAAUGACACUACUAGAUCCAAAGAUGGGAUGUUGUCUAGUUCUAAUUUCUUUCGGUCAAGUGGAUCUACAAGAAGAGUGGCUUUCUCAGGCGGUCGUGAAGCGGUAGUUGGCAGUGGUACUGAACACUCCCGUUCUCAGACCCUGGAUGCAAAUCCAGGAGCACUCCGGAAAAUAUCUGGUGCCCAGAAGAAUUCACCUAUCAUCUCUUCUGAGCACACCCGGGCACCUUCUGGCAUAGCCACAUCAAACAUAAGGAAUUUUGAGUCAACUCUCAGAGGAUUUGAGAACCUGAAUCUCAAUGAGGAGAGGGUAAAGUAGUAAAAGCUGUUACUCUCAAUCAUCUAUCUUAUUAGUACAUUCAAAUACCGAAUGCAUAUUGUUUAUGGAAAGCUGCAACAUGUUUGGAGUCGUCACUAUAAGUAAGUAUACAACAAAGAUACUAGUUGGGUUCCCGGCAAAGUUUGCCCAUAAAGAAAGGCUUCUGUUAAUACUGUUUGUAUUUUCUUUGUUUUACUUCACCUGUCCUUUAACGUCCUUUCGUCUUUUCUAUUAUGUUGUCUA